UAAAAUCCAGCGAUGGCCGACAACAGAUAAGUUCGGACAGAUAUUUUCAAGAAAGACAACAGAUUUUAAGCAUGGAGAAGAAAAUGGCCGUUGGGGGCAGCAUCGUACUAAAUAGUAAGGAAGAGAUGGUCAACGAAAUUCUCAUGACAAAGAAGAGGGCGGAAAUAAACAAUUCCUUGUACAAUGGAAUACCAUUUCCUCCUGGCCUGCAUUUCUUCCAAGCUAAAUCUCUCAUAGAGAAAAGUGAUGUCUUCCAAAUCAUAAAGAAGAUGCCGAAAGGAGGUGUCCUCCAUGUGCAUGACAUUAGUGCGCUGUCUCUUGAUUGGGUUGUGAAGAAUGUGACAUAUCGGGAUAAUUGCUACAUGUGCUAUAGGGAAGGUUUUAGGAUACAGUUUAAGUUUUCUGCCAAAGUUCCAGAAGAUGAAAAUUGUUUUUGGACACUGGUCAGUGACAGUAGGAAUAGAUUUGGUAACUGCACAUUGUUUGACCAAUGGCUUUACAACAACAUGUCUCUGAUAGUUGAUGACCCUGUGAGAGCCUACCCCUUUGAAAAUGAUGUCUGGGCUGCGUUUGAAGGAGCCCUGCAUUGUAUAACUGGCCUGGUUUCAUUCGCACCUGUGAUGAAAGAUUACGUGUACCAGUCACUUAGAUUCAGUCAAGACAAUGUACAGUACAUGGAGUUACGUACAUUACUGAUACAGACAUAUGAGCUGGAUGGAUCUGUAAACUCGCCCUUAUGGACACUGGAGAUGUAUAGAAAUGUGUCCCACCAGUUUGUACAGGAUCAGCAAGGAAACUUCUCAGGGCUAAAGUUAAUAUACAGUGGAAUUAGAAGAAACCCCAGAACGAAUUGCCAACAGUACAAAGGAGGGGCCUUACUCUUCUCGAAAAUGUUUCCUGAUUUCUUGGUUGGGUAUGAUUUAGUUGGACAGGAAGACAAAGGCCAUGCUUUGUUGUAUUUCAUUGAUGAACUGUUGAACCAGACCACAGAACAGAAGUUACCAAUACCUUACUUCUUUCAUGCAGGAGAAACAAAUUGGCAAGGUACAUCUGUUGAUAAGAACCUUAUUGAUGCUAUCUUGUUGAACACAACCCGGAUUGGUCAUGGUUUUGCUAUUGUCAAACAUCCCUGGGUAAUGAAAGCUGUGAAGGACAGGGAAAUUGCUAUAGAAGUCAACCCUAUAUCAAACCAGGUGUUGAAGCUGGUAGAUGACCUCAGGAACCACCCAGCUGCAGCUUACCUGGCCAAUGAUCUGCCAGUUGUCAUCAGCUCUGAUGAUGGGUCCGUGUGGGGAUCUAAGGGCCUCUCCUAUGAUUUCUACCAGGCUUUUAUGGGAUUCUCUGGGAUGACAUCUGAUCUUAGACUUCUUAAACAGUUGGCAAUCAACUCACUUAGGUACAGUGCAAUGUCAGCUCCAGAGAAGAAACUGGCUGUAAAACUGUGGGGGUAUAAAUGGGAGAAAUUUCUUGAUGAUGUGCUGCACACAUACAUGUAUGAUUUGUAUCAAAAUAAGAAUAAUAUUAAUAAUAUUCUGUAAUGCUUUAAUUAAUAAUAUUAAUAGUAUUCCCAGCAUAACAGGUGUUUCAAGAUUCAAGAUAUAUCACUGCAACAACAGCUAGUGUCACAUCACAUGGGAUGGUAUACAGAAUAUAGAAAACGAAUUAAACAGGAUUAGGUUAAUCUUCUGAAUAAUGUCCUUGUGGUAGUUGGGCACUAAACAUUGUGAAAAUACUGAUAUCGUAUUUUCUGGUUGCUUUAUCUAUCUUGAAUACUGCCUUGGUAAAAGGAGGGGCCAGUAGUCCUAUUUUGCACUGGGAGGUAACCCUGUUGUCAUGAUGAUGUAACUUGAAAACUAGUUGAUAUAAUAUAUAUACUUAAAUUUGUAAAUACAUACAAAACAUUUUCUUUGUAUGCAUCUGAAGCAUGUGCCACUACAAGUAUGUAGCUCAUAUUAGGAAUAUGUGCAUCCCUGUAGUUUAUGAAACAAGACGCCUUUUUGGCUUAAAAGCCUUUUUUUCUGGAAUUACAUGUUCUCCACAGCAUUUCAUUUCCACUCAGUUAUGGCUGAAUAAAUCAGUGAUGGAAAAGCAAUAUAUUUGGUCAGGCAUCUCCACAGGACAUCACAACCUCUUACAGUACAUUUCCAUGACUAAGCCAUUCAUUUUGUCUGUUUCUGAGAGCUCUGCUGAUCUCAGAAAGGGUUUUUCAGAUUUGGAAUGUAGGAUGAUGUUCAGCUGAAAAUGAGAUAAGUUUCCACACCAAGUCAUUAUAAGGCCUUUGACACAUGGCUAAUUUUUAGGGUACGUAAGUUAAAUAGGUUAAUUAAAAAAACUCAACAAUAUGUUUAUAGUCACCUUCAUGUAAAAGGGCUAAAGCAGCCAAAUGGAGUUAAUAGUAUAUUGUUAUUUUGCUGGGGGGAAGGGGGGCUCCAUGGCAAAGUGAUCAGUGUGCAAACCCAGCAGAAGCACCCAUGACCCAUAAAUAAAUACAUGUUGUGUAUUUUUAUGAACCUUGUAUUUUUGUUACUGAAAAUUUUUUUUCAUCUGUUUAUUUCAUUUAUAGGGAGGCCCAUUGUGUUUGGUGUAUUCUAUUAAAAGUCCCAUUUUAUGUUACCGGUUUUAUUCAGUACCAGAGUUUAAAAGGCUAACUUUUUAUUGAUUUUAUUUCAGAGGUUGUGGAAAUUUCAGUUUUGGAAUUGCCACUGGUAAAGAUGUAAAAUACCUCAAGAUUUGUUCAGUCACAUAUCAUAAAAGUGUGUGCUAUUAAACUACAUGACUUAGUAUUUACCUCUGGUACGGUCAAUCUUUAUAACUGUAUGUAUAUAUGUAUAUUGUAAAAGGCAUUUCUUACAAUAUUACAUGUACUUCAGUAACACAGAAUCUUUCUUAAAGUAUUGAUACAGCUGAACCUGUUCUGUUUUGGUCUGAUGCAAAUUCGUCUUCAGACAUGUGGUAAGUGAUAUACUUACAACUAGAAUUUGUUGUUUUUUGAAAAUAAUAAUGAGCAGGGUUUAAUUUUGUUUUAUGAAAAAGUUUCCCUUUUUAAUUUUAAUAUACCUGUACACAGAUAUUGAUAUUUAAUUGUGCCAUGUUUAUUUAUAAAGAAGAGCAGCUGUUGUGUCUGCAGGACUCUGAACUGAAUACCCCAAUAACAUGCGAUUAAAUAUCAGCAAGUCAUUUUAGUUCAUUCUAGCUUUAUUGUGGCUGAUUUUCAUCUCAUUGUUGCUGGUUAUUGUGUCCCCGUCAUGUAAUCACAUGAUAGGUGUAUAAGAUGUGAUUUAUAUUUAUAGAUCGACCUUGUCUGCAUGUACAUAUGCUUGUUAUCUUCUGUAUACAGUUAUAUUGUAUAUAUAUAUGUAUGUUUUUA